UACAGAUGGAGAAGGCUAGCCAGCUCGCUGUGUCACAGAGAGUCCCCUUAAGCCUACGUGACAACUCACAUACUGUCCCUUUGUGACCAGCUUAAUCGGUAGAAUGCCCGAUGUCUGUGUGCUUUGUCUGGUUGCCGCGCUGGCUGCAUUCGCCCGGCUCGCCGGCACUGUGGGCCCCGUGGUUCGAUGUGAGCCUUGCGACGCCGGCGCGCUCCUGCAGUGCAAGCCGCUGCCCAAAGACUGUGUGGAGCGGGUGAAGGAGCCCGGCUGCGGCUGCUGCAUGACGUGCGCCCUCGGAGAGGGACAACCGUGUGGAGUGUACACGGGGCGCUGCGGCUCCGGCUUGACCUGUCGGCACCAGCCCGGGGAGAGCAGACCCCUGCAGGCUCUCCUGGAGGGACGGGGAGUGUGUUCGAGUCCCGCGUCCAAAAAACUGAACAGCGUUCUCAUGCCACCGCAAAAAGAAGAAAAUGCUGGAAAUCAGGUCGAAGACUCUGCCAAUGUCACCCAGACAAUUACAGUGCUUCCUGGCGUGGGAACUGUGAAGGAUGGACAUAGUAGGGGCUCGAUGGACACCAGGCCUCCUUUGCACAACAUAUUAAUUCAGAGGGGUGAGAACAGGAAGACCCAGAGCUACAAGGUGGAAUCAUUAUCAGGAGGAGCCAAUACGGAUGUGCACAACUUCUCUGUGGAGAGCAAGAGGGAGAAUGAGUAUGGGCCAUGUCGGCGGGAGAUGGAGAGCAUCCUUAACAGCCUUAAAAUCAGCAACGUGCUUAACCCGAGAGGCUUCCGCAUACCCAACUGUGACAGGAAGGGUUUCUACAAGAAAAAGCAGUGCCGUCCGUCCAAAGGCAGGAGGCGGGGCUACUGCUGGUGCGUGGACAAAUAUGGGCAGCCUCUCCCCGGCUAUGAUGGCAGGCAGUGGGGCGAGAAGCAGUGCUACAACCUGGAGAGCAAAUGAGAGGAUGGAGGAACGACGAGUGGAUGGAAAGGGGAAGACGGUGUAAUAUGGGGGAGGGAUGGGCAAGGGGUGAGGGGGGGCGAGAAAGAAUGAGAUCCCACUGUGCUCUUGCAUUUAGUUUUAUGUAAACAU